GGGUGGAAGGCGUUCUAUGCAUAUAUCGAUCACAUUUGUGAGCCAGUCAGAUACAUGCAUUUGUCAGCUCUCUGUGUGUGUGUGUGUGCUCUCGUCUGACCACUUUCCGCGCGCACGCAUGUAUAAAACAGACACACAUGCAUUAUCGCUGCAUGGAUGCACGCAUGGCAUGCACUGCACCAAAAACUCCCAGCAAAAUACCAAUGGUCCUUUGUUCCUUCCCUCAUUCAUGUGUCAGAUACAGGCCGCCACUCCUUGGUGCUUCAUGCUUUUACUUCGACGCUCUCUUUGGCCUUGGCAUUCGCUCCAUUGCCCUCGAAAAUUGUCACCUAUUGCGGGAAUGGCACGCGAGUCAACAACACACACGACGGCAGUGUUGAGGCGUUCCCUUAUUGCAAUUCUUGCUGAAUCGUCACCUUGGCAGUGGACCCUUCCACCUUCUCAUAAGGCUCUGCCUUGCCGUCUAGGUAUCGUGCCAAAAACUGCUCGGCCAGCGCGUAGAAGUCCAGGCGAUUUUGUGGUCGUGCGAAGCCGUGGCCCUCGUCGGGAAAGACGACAUACUCUACGGGGACAUUGUGGCCCUUGAGCACCUGACACAACAGGCAGAAUGACCCAGUGCAUCUGCUGUGUGACCGUGUGUGUCUUCCGUACAUCGACAAUGAUAUCGCUCUGCUUGAGGGGGACACGGGGAUCAUUGGCGCCUUGGCCGAUCAUCAGAGGCACCUGACACAGACACACACAGAGAAAGCAAGAGAAUGCAUGAUGCAUGUCAUGAAUGCAUAUGGCCACCGUCCGUGUGUGUGCAGACAUUGACUGGCUGCCCGACCUUGAUCUUGUCGACGUGGUAGUACGGGCUGAUCUUUUUGUUAAACUCCUCGUUGUUCUCCACAUCGCCCACACGCUUCGUAAACAUCAUCUUCAUCGGUUUCUGCACCGACAAUCACACACACGCACAAAGGGCAGGUACCGGAUACAGAAAUGUGCACGGAUGCACGCAUCUGUGUCGCCAACACUGACCCAGUAAGGCGGGAUGCUCUCGAUCAGUUUCUUGACCUCAGACACUCCGACUAUGUCCACACCACAGCGAUAUAGGUCCGGUGUGAAGGUCAGUCCGGCCAAUACCGCAUAGCCGCCAUAGGAGCCACCGAAAAUGGCAACACGGUCGGGAUCAGCCACCUUAACACAUCCAUUCAUAUUACGGCAUGGUGGGAGAUGCUCAUCUGCCAUUGUCAAUGCGGUUGUGGUGUGGGACCUACCUUUCUGUCGUCAAUAGCCCAUUUGACGGCGUCCGUCAGGUCGUCCUGCAUCUGUGCGCCCCACUUUUCGUCUCCAGCGUUGACGAAGUUCUUGCCAAAGCCGGUGCUGCCACGCUGCAGGUAUUCGAGUGAGCGACACACACACAUUUGCACAUCCGUGCAGGCAGGAAUGGCGCACCGAGUGAGUGGUGGGCAUGCAGGCCAGGCCUUACGUAGUUGACUUGCAGGCAGGCGUACCCUCUCGUGGCGAACCACUGGGCCUGCAACAAAGCGCGUAUCCAUCCAGCCAUCAAUAGCAUUUCAGCCCUCCAGCAUUGAUCCUCCCUCCUCACCUGUGGCUGAUAGCCCCAGUAGUCCCUCGCCCACGGGCCCCCAUGCACCAGGAGCACCAGCGGCACGCGCCCGCCAACCUCAUGGCCGGGCGGCAGGGUCAGGUAAGACACCAUAUCCAGCCCGUCCCUCGUCUUGAUGAUGACAGGUUCCAUCUUCGCCAGCUGCCAGUCGUUUAGCUCAGGCUGGUUCUCGAAGAGGUAGGUGAAUGUCUUGAUGGUGCGGUCGAACAGGUGAUACGCCACUGGGCCAUCGUCACACGUAUAAGCGACGACCCACUUGGUCUUCUGAACGUACCAAGCAGGACGAAACACAUCAUACACGUACGCAAAUUGUUGGUCUCUAUGUGAUUUCCCUGGAACUCACCGAGUGGUCUUCUGAUACGACAGAUGCCUCUGCGUCAGGCAAGUGUGCCUCCACCAGCUUGUAGUCGCUCUCCUCUUCCUUAUCAAAGAAAUGCAUCUUACGCCUGCGAACAGGACACGUACCACAUGAGGCGCCUUGUGUGCCGAUCGAUCUCCGUCUGUCUGCCGUGUACGCGCACCUGUCAUAUACGUACGAGAGUCGCGUCACCUCUCGUGUGUCCUCAUCGACAUUGACCGCUCCCACAUCAGCUUUGUCGUUGGAAAAAAUCUCCCGCCGCGUCUCGCCCGUGCUGGCAUCAAGCUCGAUCAGGGCCUCCGUGUCACGACCGAGCGAAGAAGUGGUGUACAGCCCACUGCCGUCCUUAGUGAACUCCAUAGGACGGACUGAGUCGUCCAGGCUCCAUGUGAGGAUGGUCUUCCACUCGCCUCCUUCUUUCUCCCGCACACGGAGGAACUGAUCUCCGGUAGAGGGGUCCGUUGCCAGACAGCCUCUGAUCUUGAAAUUGUCGUCCGUCAGCCAUUGGAGCACGUCACCUGCAUGACGCAUACACACAUGCAGGCAGCCAUGGGUGGGCCUGUGGGUUGUGGCGUGAUGUUUUCUAGUCUCACACACCGGGAUUCUUGGUGUCGAGUUUGAUGUCGCCCGUUCCGAUGUGCACGCGAUACAUAUCGAACACCUGCCCACACGCCCACAGAGUGUUAUCAUGGACAGUGCUCUCCGUAUGUGCAUCCAUGUCCGUUGAUGAGCAUGCAUACCGUCCUGUCCUCGAUAUUAAGUCCGAUGAGGAUCUCCUCCCUGUGGUGCUUGUCGGUAAAGAGCCCCUCCGCCUUGACGCCCUCGAAGGGAGUCAAGUCACGGUCCUGCACCUCCUUGCUCGUCACUGACGCCGCACGCACAUGGAAAUUCUCAUCUGCACAAAGGGAGAUAGACACUCAUGGGAACACCCUCUAUGCGUUUUUUUGUCGCUGCACUCACUGCAUUCGCUCACCGCCGCCCUUGUCUUGAAUAUAGAGAACCUCCUCACUGUUCUCCGCCCAUCUGAACUGCCUGAUGCCCCUCACAGUGUCGGCCGUCACCUGACGAUCCUUGUCGUCCCCACUAAUGUCCCUCACGAACACGUUGAGCAGUCCCUCGGCUGACUCAGCGAGGUACGCCAGCCUCUUCCCGUCUGGACUGAUGCGUGGCUGUGUCUUGACCGGAUUGCCAAACAGAAUCCGUCGUGGCACGAGUCCGUUCUUCUUCUGUGCCGCAGCUGUGGAUCCGCCAGCCAUGGUAAGGAGUCCGCGGCUGCGGCAGGAUCCCCCGGCCAGUGACGAAGAGAGAGUUGCGAAUCCGCUGGGAUGAUUGGGGUUGGGGGGUCGGACGGCCUCAGCAAACGGCAGCAGUGAUGCCCUGACAGACAGACAGACAGACAGGCAGACAGGCAGAAGCGUGUGACGUGUUGCAUUCACCCUGUACUGCAGAAGCGAGUGCAGAAGUGAGUGUUUGUGUGUGCGUGUCCAUACCUGUAGGCCAGGCCGAGGGGAAACAGCGAUGUGGUCAGGCGCCAAAAUGAUGACAUCCGUCCGCGACAGGUUUUAUGAUGAAUCAAUACCCCCGACAAGACGCUGGCUCGGCUCCGCACUACGAG